UUGACCUUCGCUAUGGCCUUUAAUUACCGCUUUGCCACUCUCCCUUCUUCUCUAUUGGUUCUUCUUCUCCUUCUCGAGCCGGCACUUGGGGCUCUGGUUCAGCAACAGCCUCUGGUUCUUAAGUACCACAACGGUGAACUCCUCAAGGGCAAGAUCACCGUAAAUCUCAUUUGGUACGGUUCUUUCACUCCGGUUCAGCGAUCCAUAAUCGUCGACUUCGUCCACUCCUUGGGCUUCCCGCGGACCCCGCUUCCCUCCGCCGCGUCCUGGUGGAAGACCACCGAGAACUACAAGGGAGGCUCCUCCUCGCUUAUCGUCGGGAAGCAAGUUCUGUAUGAGAAAUACUCAUUCGGGAAGUCGCUUCGUGGGAGCCAUUUGCUGGCUUUGGCCUCCAAGUUCAACGAUCUCAACUCCAUUAACGUUAUUCUCACGGCGAAGGAUGUCGCCGUCGAUGGGUUCUGUAUGAGUCGGUGUGGCACGCACAGGUCGACCCGACCCAUGAAUGGGAAGCCACGGACUGCUUACAUCUGGGUUGGGAACUCUGAGACCCAGUGUCCCGGCCAAUGCGCGUGGCCCUUCCACCAGCCUAUUUAUGGUCCCCAAACUCCGCCUCUGGUGGCUCCGAACGGCGACGUCGGAGUGGACGGGAUGAUCAUUAACUUGGCGACUCUGUUGGCCGGUACUGUCACGAACCCCUUCAACAAUGGGUACUUCCAGGGCCCACCGACGGCUCCUCUCGAAGCCGUCUCUGCUUGCACCGGGGUUUUCGGAAGCGGGUCAUACCCGGGUUAUCCGGGCCGGGUUCUCAAGGACAAGACAACCGGAGCUAGCUACAAUGCGAACGGCGCGAACGGGCGGAAGUAUCUGCUGCCGGCGAUGUGGGACCCCCGUUCAUCGUCGUGCAAGACGCUCGUGUGAGGUGACGAGCCGGGGACAGGGAACAAGGGUGUGGAUUAAACUGAGAAAGUAUGUUUUCACACGCGGCAGGAUCUGGUAAACGGUUGUAGAUAUGGGAUCGUAAGAACGGGAGCAGGGGAAGGUUUGCAAUUUACAGCAUCCUAAGGUGCUUUUGUCGUUUUGUGUGACGUGGAAGUUCUGUUACUUGAAAAGGUCAUGUUAAAAAUAUGGAGAACGAGGAAUAAGAAAGGCUAGGAAUAUUGUAUAAUAGCAAGAAUAUAAUAUAAGAAUACUUUUUAUGAUUUUGAAAUGCAUAAGCAUAGUUGGGGGAAAAUGAAGAAGCUAGGUACUACUGUUGUAUUAUUAUAAACUAUUUUGUGUUUUAUAUUAAUUUGAUCAUUAUGUUAAUAAAUUAGUAAAAAGAAAUUAUGUCA